GGGCGGGGCUCCCUCCUGCGGUGGUUCCGGCAGGAUUUGGGCAGCUGGAAUCGUACAAAUUGAGUUCUGCAGCCUUGGUUUUCCCUCUUUGGCCAGUCACUUUGGUAAAGAAGACGAUUUAAAACAAAAUGAUUUUAUUUUGACCCCAGUCAAUAGGAAAAAAGGAAUGGGAACUUUGUCUCGCGAUGACCUUUCUCAAGAAUAACCUACAUUCUCAAGAUGAAUAACGAUCAAGUGGCACUGGUGGGCCAAGUGUUCGAGUCGUAUGUUUCAGAAUAUCAUAAGAGUGACAUCAUUCAAAUCUUGAAGGAGGAUGACCAGGAUGCCCAUUACCCAGUGGUGGUUAACGCCAUGACCCUUUUUGAGACCAAUAUGGAAGUUGGGGAGUAUUUCACUGUGUUUCCUGAUGAAGUACUGACGGUAUUUGAUAGUGCCCUGCGGAGGUCAGCCCUGACAGUUUUCCAGUCCCUUUCUCAGCUUGAGGGUGUUUCCAUGAAGCACAAUCUUCAUGCCAGGAUAUCAGGUUUGCCGGUCUGUCCUGAGCUGGUGAGGGAGCACAUCCCUAAAACCAAGGAUGUGGGACACUUUUUAUCUGUCACCGGAACAGUGAUUCGAACCAGUCUGGUGAAGGUCCUGGAGUUUGAGCGGGAUUACAUGUGCAACAAGUGCAAACACAUGUUCAUGCUCAAGGCUGAUUUUGAGCAGUACUACACCUUCUGCUGGCCAUCUUCCUGCCCCAGCUUGGAAAGCUGUGAUUCCUCGAAAUUCACUUGCCUCUCAGACUUGUCUUCAAAUCCAGCUAGAUGUAGAGAUUACCAGGAAAUAAAAAUUCAAGAACAGGUUCAAAAGCUGUCUGUUGGAAGUAUUCCACGAUCUAUGAAGGUUAUCCUAGAAGAUGACUUAGUAGACAGCUGCAAAUCUGGAGAUGACCUCACUAUCUGUGGGGUUGUGACUCAGCGCUGGAAGCCCUUUCAUCAAGAUGUGCGUUGUGAAGUGGAGAUAGUCCUGAAAGCCAACUACGUGCAGAUAAAUAAUGAGCAGUCCUCCGGGGUCAUUGUGGAUGAGGAAGUCCGAAAGGAGUUUGAAGAGUUUUGGAAAUGCUACAAGGGAGACCCCUUUGCAGGAAGGAAUGAGAUCCUGGCCAGCUUAUGUCCACAGGUGUUCGGGAUGUAUCUGGUGAAGCUUGCUGUGGCCAUGGUCCUGGCUGGUGGGAUUCAGAGGACUGAUGCUACAGGAAUGCGGGUCAGAGGUGAAUCUCAUCUUCUGUUGGUUGGGGAUCCUGGCACCGGGAAAUCCCAGUUCCUCAAAUAUGCAGCCAGAAUUACACCAAGAUCUGUGCUGACAACAGGAAUCGGAUCUACCAGUGCAGGCAUUCAGAGGCCACAGAAGCCAUGGUCCAAGACUACUGCUCAAGCUGGCAGCGGAACUUGGCAACCUUCAUGUGAUGCCAGUUAUUCAGGCAAGCAGAAUGCAAAUUUGUCAGGACACAGAGGCUUCCACCCAGAUUUCAAAGGAAGGCUUAAGAGGCCAGGUCUGACCGUGACUGCUGUGAAAGACGCAGGAGAGUGGAACCUGGAGGCCGGGGCACUGGUACUUGCAGACGCGGGCCUUUGCUGUAUAGACGAGUUCAACAGCCUCAAAGAGCACGACAGAACCAGCAUCCACGAGGCGAUGGAGCAGCAAACCAUCAGCGUUGCUAAGGCUGGCCUCGUGUGCAAGCUGAACACAAGGACCACCAUCCUGGCCGCCACCAAUCCCAAAGGCCAGUACGACCCCCAGGAGUCUGUGGCAGUGAACAUCGCCCUUGGCAGCCCACUUCUCAGUCGAUUCGACCUGAUCCUAGUCUUGCUCGAUACCAAGAAUGAAGACUGGGAUCGUGUCAUUUCCUCCUUCAUCUUAGAGAAUAAAGGUUAUCCGAGCGAGCCCGAGAGGCUGUGGAGCAUGGAGAAGAUGAAGACCUACUUCCGCCUCGUCAGGACGCUGCAGCCCACGCUGUCAGAUGCGGGUAACCAGGUUCUCCUGCGCUACUACCAGAUGCAGAGGCAGAGCGACGCCCGCAACGCGGCCCGCACGACCAUACGCCUGCUGGAGAGCUUGAUCCGCUUAGCAGAAGCUCACGCCCGCCUCAUGUUUCGCGACACUGUGACUCUGGAAGAUGCCGUCACCGUGGUGUCAGUGAUGGAGUCCUCCAUGCAGGGAGGUGCGCUGCUAGGGGGGUUGAACGCGCUCCACACGGCCUUUCCUGAAGACCCUCAGGCACAGUACCAGCAGCAGUGCAGACUCAUUCUUGAGAGGCUGGAGCUGCAGGGCCUCUUGAGCGAAGAGCUUCAGAGACUGGAAAGGUUGCAGAACGAGGGUAUGCAUCCGUCCCAGCUUCGCGUGGUGGAGGCAGAGGCAGAGACCACUCCAGGGUCCUCUGGAGGUGGCCCUGGGGCCACACUGAAAUUGAGGACUUCAACACAGCAGGAACCGAGCUGUAGCCUGUGGGCCCUGUCGCUUGGAGGCAGCCCCUGGGGAAGCCCAGUUCUGGACCCCCGGCCUGAUCUGGGGCCCAGUGGGUCCCCAGGAAGAAAGCGUUCAGCUGGGCACAGAGAGGACGGCAGCGACUGGGGUGAGCCCACAGCAGCUCGGAGGACGGCACCGCGAAACUCUGCUCUUGUGUCUCCGGGCUCCCAGACAGCUGAGCAAAAGGCAGCUGUGGAAACUUCUGACAAUAGAUCUUGGGUUAAGGAAAAGAGCUGGCCAGGCCACCAGGGCCCGUUUGCAGUUGGUCAGCUCCCCUCACCAGAAGCCCCCCUGCAGCCUCCCAGGGCUAAGGGUAAAGAGACAAAAAGGGGUGCUUCUGGGUCUGAGGUGGCAGCCAGGGAGGAGGAGCUGGACUUGGCUCCCAGUGCCCCUGGCAGGCCACCCAGGAGGCUGCAGGAGGGUGGCCCAGUGUUGGGAAGGCCGGCCGGCCAGGCUCCAGCCCAGCUCCAGGGUCCUAGCCCUCUGCAGUCUGCUCUUGCAUGUGGCCCAGAGGGCACCUCGGAGCUGCCCACCCGAAAGAGACUCAAGGUCCCCGGGAGUGCUGAGACACCGGGUGCCCCUGCAGCCAAGCUAGCGAAGUUUACUUUCAAGCAGAAGUCAAAGCUGACCCACUCCCCUGGCUCCCCUGGCACCACUGAAAUGGCAGGUCCCAGUCAGGCAGCCCCCCAGCGGGGGUCCGGGACACAAGCUAGCACAGCUGUGUCCACCUUGACAAGCAGAGGCUCCCGGCAGCCCCAUGGUGAGCCGCAGCAGCCACGCCUGGAAGAUGUGUGCAGAGAGGAGCGAAGUGGUGGCCCUGAACUAGAGCCCAGGACCCAGGCAGGCUCAGCCCAUCAGCCCAGUGAGCGAGCCCGGGCGGUGGCUCCCUGCAGCACCAAAGGCAGGAAUGUCCACGCGGGCACGCUGGCCACCCUGGCAAGGUUCUCCUUCUCUCCCCCGGCGGAGUCCCAGGCAGAGCCCCUGCCCACCCCUGGAGGGAGGAACUGGACCCGUGGUGGCCCCAGCCCGCCUCACCCACCCUCGGCGCCGGGGCUUGGCAGCAAACGGAUGUCCUUCCAGCUGCAGGCCUCUGCCGAGAAACCGGUUCUUUCCAAAAAUUCUCUCUUCACUUUAUCAGACCUGGAUGACGAAGUACUAGAUUUUGACUGGGAUGAAGAGCUGAGGAAGAAGCCCUGAGUGUGGGUGGUGCUCCCAGCUCAGGGCAGCACCCUCAGGACUCACAUGGCGUUUAUGAGACAUCAAGUGACUUCCAGGUCAGCUCCCACUGGAUGGCCGGCCCUCGCGACAGUGGGGGCUACUGCUGCACAGCUCCGUCUUGCGAGUAGAGUGCUUGACAUUCCCAAAAUGCUUCUGCUUUUUCAUCUUUAGUUUUUUAAAUAAAAGAGAGGUUCUUCCUAAAUCUCUUCAUCCGGAAACAAAUGCCAGGAAGGCAGUACUCAUUAAAUCUUAACAAGGCAGAUGAACUCUUUGUUUUUUCUUUUGUGUUUUCACCCUGGUUGCACUGAGUGUGUUGAACAUUUAUUAUCAUUUGGAAUGGUUGGCCAAAAUUGUGAUUUUCCUGAUACCACUUUUGUGUUUGUCCUCAUCACGAGAUAGUGAUGAGGCUUUUGUCCUGGGAGAGGCUUCUUUACACUUCUGUGGUAUUCCUGGAGAUCAGGUGACUGGCCGUAGGCCGCUUUUCUGAAGCAUCGACCUUUGAAUCUUCCGGUGUCCUGAGCCAGCCCAUUGUGCCUCUCUCCUCUCGGAACACGCCUCCAACACGGCGGGUGACUGCGUGGUCAGAGGGGAUGUGCCAGCCAAUCAUGUGUCGUGUGCCGUCGCCCAGGUGGUCCACGUGGGAAUGUGAUCCCUGCUCAGCUAUGAUUCCCUUGUCUUUAAAAGCAGGUGAAUUACUGCUUGGAAGGAAGCUGUAACACAAGCCCUGUCUUUCUGUGUGCUUUUAAAAUCACUUCUUCCUUGGGAUGCUAGCGGGAGUCAUUGGGAGUCCAUUGUUACAGAUUUUUCUCUUCUGAAUUAUGCACUUGUAACAUGAUUAACUCCUUAAUUGUCUUAAGGACUUUUGGACAUGAAGAUUACUCAAAACUACACAUACUUUGUUUAAAGUUUACUUCAUUAAAUGCAGAAAACCAAAAUUUAGGAACCUGAUUUUUCUUGAG